GUGGGGAGAAAAGAGCCAGAUGAGGACAAUAAACUUCAGUAUCGUGCAGCCAUAUUUACUACCUGACGAAUAUUUGUAGGACUGACAGAAGAUUUACUGGAUUUUAUUUUACACUACACUUUUGUUUAGUAAAGAUUUUCUUAUUGAUACAUUCUAAAGACAACAUGGGAUGGAUGAUUUAACAACAACACAGAGAAACCCCUUUGGAGAAAGCUCUUGGGGGAACGUUGAGACAGAAACUACAACUUCAGCAAGUAGAUUGCUAUCUUUACCUCCAAAGGGUGGCAGUGGAUCAACAAGUACCCACAGGACCCACAUGUCCAAUGCUGGAGGCCUGGGGAUGGAAAAGAACAUUUUAACCCAGAACAGCAGUGGAAGUUAUUUUUCCUCAUCCUCAUCUUCUGUAGGCGUCAAUGCUGGAGGAUCCAACUCCUCAUCAGGUAUCCACCUGGGACGGGAAUAUUCUGAGGGGGGUGGGAAUGGAGCAGGUGGAGGGGGUGGCGGAGGAGGCGGAGGAGGGAGAGGAGGCGGGGGAGGCGAGGGAGGCUUAGGAGGUGGGGGAGGCGGGGGAGGCUUAGACUAUGGAAGAAUUUCCGGAGGAAGCUCAAGAUCAAAGCUGAAGACAAGUGUAUCGGGGGGAUCCAGGAAGACCCAGAGCUCUGCCUCAGCUGGGGGUCUUUCACCUAUUUUCCUGGAAAGGAAGAAUACGGCAAGCCGCUCAGGAGGCUACGACGGGAGCUCAAGUGGCAACUCCUCCCCUGAGUUUACACGGAAAGACUAUGCAGGUUCAGGUUCCACUAGACAAGGGAGGAGCCAGAGCAGAGAGAGUGAAAUCAGAGCCAGACUUCAAAGUGCCUCUCCCUCUGCUGGCAGAUGGACUGAGCUGGAGGAUGUGAAAAAGCUGCUGAAGGGAGGACGCUCCAACAGUGUUAGUCCAACACGCUCCCACACCUCCUCCACACUACCAGUCCCCAGGAAGGCCACAGUCCCGACUAAUAUUGUCGCAGAGGCCUCCCAGUCAGUAGUUUCAGAGCAGUUUGAAAUCCCUAACCUGGAAUCUGGGCUGUCCUCUUAUUCCUGGACCACCUCGACGCUGCCCAUCUCCUCCUCAAUGACCUCUACCGGCAGCAGCGCUUACGGUUACCACAGCAACACCAACAACAUAUCUCUAGGCUUGGGGUCAUCCUUGCUUAACACCACCUCACCCUCCUCUCUGUCAGUCUAUGGAUUCCAGAAUAAUUUGACACCCACAUCCAGUAGUGUCCUCGCCACCAGUGGGGUUAGCACACACGCAGGCAGUUUGACAGGUUAUGGGGUGCAAAAGAAUGUAUUGAAUAGUGGUGGUCUUGUCAACACAGGAGUCUCCACCUCUACAACCUCCAGGUCUUACACUGAUGAUGCAUACAGAAAAGACUUCAAGUACCUGGUGCUGGAGAAAGAGAACAUUCCAGCCAAAAAAGACACUGAGGUGCUCAUUCUUGCUAAAGAUAGUGGAAAACAGUUCAGUACCAGUGUCCGCAGUGUUGGGGAGUCACUCUCUGGUGAUUCUUUGAAGAAGGAGAAAAUGAUGACCAGCUACAGUGAAGCUGCACCACGCCUUCUGAAGUCUGAGUCCAAUCUGCAGUAUGGAUCACCAAUUUUAACAAAAGACAAAGCAACAUAUGCAGAGAUCCAGAAAGAAGGAGACUACUACAGUGGAGGAGGUGGUUGGGGCUGCUGUGGGUGUAAGGGAUCCUGGUGGAAGUGGCUACUGGGCCUGCUUCUGCUCUCCCUGCUCCUCAUGGGCCUGUUCUUUGGACUCAUAGCUCUGGCGGAGGAUAUGAGGAAGCUGAAGUCUCGAAUGGCAGCGAUAGAGGCUGAGUCUUCCUCCAACAAUGCUCACAUCGCGCGCCUGCAAGCUUCCGAUGACUACACCAUCCUCCGGUCUGACAUGGCCCGCUCUGACAACAGUUUGAACCAGGGCGACAGCAUCGUCACUGGGAUGGGAACGGGUACAGCCGGGCUCACAGACAACGCUGCUCUCAGGGGGACCAUCCAGGAAGUGCUGAGAGCUGAGAUGACGUCUUCGUCAUUCAGAGACCUUUACGCCUCUUCAAUGAAGGGGGAAAGAGGAGAGCAGGGACCUAAAGGUGAUCCAGGAAGUCAUGGACUUAAAGGUGACACUGGUUUCCCUGGACCACCAGGUUUCAUUGGUCAGCCAGGACAGGAAGGACCCAAAGGGCAAAAGGGAAGUGCAGGUGACCAUGGAGCUGAGGGACCACCAGGUCCCAGGGGACGAGAGGGUCCUGCAGGCCCUAGAGGGGAGCCAGGACCAGCAGGGUUCGGAGAAAAGGGAGAUAGAGGUUUUCCUGGUAAUACAGGAUCGAUUGGUCCUACUGGUCCAGUUGGCCCAGCUGGACCCAAAGGCUCGUCUGGGGCUCCGGGUAUGCCUGGUCUACAAGGCCAACCAGGUCCUCAAGGUUUCCGUGGAGAUUCUGGACCGGCAGGAGCAAAAGGGGAGAAGGGCUCCACUGGAUCACAGGGAAUCAAAGGUGACCAUGGUGAGAAAGGACCUUGGGGUCCCUCAGGUGAACGAGGACUGCCAGGCUUGCCAGGACAAACCGGAGCAAAAGGACCUGCAGGAGCUCCUGGAAUUGAUGGUGACAAAGGCCAAAGAGGUGAUCAGGGAGCUACUGGGUUACCAGGGAUUAGAGGUCCACCUGGGCCUCCUGGAGACUCAGGCCAACCAGGAACACCUGGGCUUCAAGGACCACCAGGAAUGCCAGGGAACCCUGGACAACCAGGAGCCAAGGGUGAGACAGGAGAACACGGAAGAGUCAUCAAUGCAGGGGGAUCCAGUUCUGUGGCCAUCCCCGGCCCCCCGGGAAGCCCCGGACCACCCGGCCCUGCAGGACCUCCAGGGUUAUCAGGCCCAAUCGGUCCCGCUGGUCUUCCUGGACAGUCUGGUCCUAAAGGUGAGAAAGGGGAGAAAGGUGACCAGGGACUUCAGGGACUCCAGGGACUCCAGGGAGAGGCAGGUACAUCAGUGCAAACCAGAUAUACAGGACAGUUCAGCGCUCCUGGAUUACCAGGUCCCCCUGGACCCCCCGGCAAUCCUGGACGUCCAGGUGAAUCCCAACGGGGGCCCCCUGGACCAGCGGGACCUCCAGGAGAGCCAGGAUAUGGUAGACCUGGUCCAAAAGGAGAGAAAGGAGAACCAGGAAGCUUUGUACCCAAUUCAGGAACAUUCUUUGCUGGACCCCCUGGACCUCCUGGGGCACCCGGGCCUAAAGGAUCGCCUGGUGCCCCUGGACUUAGAGGAUACCAAGGAGAGCCAGGCCAGCCAGGUCUACAAGGAAGCCCAGGACUACCAGGUGGCUUGGAACGAGUGUCAUCAUACAGUGGAUCACAGGGGCCACCAGGGCCCCCAGGGGCUCCAGGGAUACCUGGACCACAGGGACCCAAAGGCGAAAAUGGAAUUCCUGGUUCUCCUGGUCUUCCUGGCACUCCAAGAGGUGCGGUAGUGGCAAGCCAAGGGCUCCAAGGGCCUCCUGGCCCACCAGGUUCUCCCGGUCACCCAGGCACCCCAGGAAUAGCCUCUCAUUCUGAUCUACGUCAGUAUGUCAAUGAUUAUCUCCAAAGUAACGCUAAGAGCAUAUCCACUGGUCUACCUGGUCCCCGUGGCCCCCCUGGGCCCCCGGGAGCCCCCGGAUCUUCUAGCUCUGUGGAGGACAUAUCCUCUCGUGUCAUCGCAUAUCUGCAGCGCUCAGGAUCGGGCUUUGGCGGUGGUGCACCGGGUCUUCCAGGCCCUCCAGGACCUCCUGGGGCCUCUAGCUCAAUGUCUGUCAACGACCUCAUUGUCCUUCUACAAAGGGAUGAUGUACGGCGAUACGUGAUGGGCCCACCUGGACCCCAAGGGCCGGCAGGACCAGCAGCCAGAGGAGGCAGUACAGCAAGCUACGAUCCACAGGAAGUGGCCACCUACGUCUUCAGAAUGAUGAAUGAGCGUGGAAUUGUUGGUGGGCAGUCUGGACCUCCGGGUCCACCCGGGCCACCAGGGUUACCUGGUUCACCCAGCGGUGUUGUUGGCAUCUCCUCACUGAUGCAAAAUUCAGAGUUCCGUGCAAUGAUUGCACGCUCUGCCGGAGCCCCUGGUCCUCCUGGUUCUCCAGGGAUCCAGGGACCCCCAGGCCCCCCUGGUACCCCAGGAAGAUCAUCAUCUGGGGGAUCAGGGAGUUUAAGGAUAGAAGACAUCCAGCACUACAUUCACAGUUCUGGGAUCAGUGGUCCUCCAGGCCCACCUGGCCCCCCAGGCCCUCAGGGGCAACCAGGAAAUUCUCAGGGAGUGCUCUCCUAUGGAGAUAGCAGAAGCAUUGGAAACUACCAGCGAGAAAGCAUCCGCACAGAAGUCCAGACGUACCUCAGCAGUGACAAUAUUAGGCGAUCCUUCAUUGGCGCACCAGGUCCGGCUGGGUUACGAGGUCCCCCAGGUCAAAAAGGAGACCGUGGAGAACCUGGUUACAUCCAGGGUGGUGUUCAGAAUUUCCCACAGAGCUAUGCCCAGGGUGACCCACGGUACUAUUCUGAGCUUGAGCGGCGUAAGAGUGAAAAUGUGAGAUUGACUGAGGCAAUAGACUACUCCAAAGUUGCCCUCAGAGUCUCAGACUACAUCAGGGACCAGGGCUUACUGCAAGACGUCUUGCAUCAGGGUCACCAGCAAGGAGGCUCCUGGGUAACCCAUGGCCCUCCAGGGCCCCCAGGGCCACCUGGACCCCCUGGGUACAGCCGUGUCAUUGGCUCUUACGGCAACGUGACUGCUGACCUCAUGGACUUUUUCAGAACCCACGGCACUAUUGUUGGACCUCCUGGGAGAACGGGACAGAAAGGAGACAUGGGGUAUCCCGGGCCCAAAGGAGACAGAGGUGAGACGGGCAACCCAGGCCCUCCCGGACGGCAGGGGAUACCGGGUCGGAAUGGAGAGAAGGGAGAGAGAGGUGAUGUCAGGGUUGGUCGUCGACGUCGGAGUGUCAGUGUUUAAGGUGGAUUAAGCAUAUCUAUCAGAUAAAGCUUUCUUUCUAUUCAGCUCUUCAGUCUGCCCUGUGCAUAAUCUAGUCAAAAUCUCACCUUACAUUACAAUACGCCCUCUUGCCUUUCACAUUGCACGGUUUCUGUUUGGUGUGUAUGUGAAUACUGUGGAAUGAUAUGGAAAUGUUAUGAUGGUUCUAAGGAAUGCAUUUAACAGUCUUAAGUACUUAGGGCCUGAUAUCAGAUUUGAGAUAAGGAUUUUAAACCACUUCAAUAAUGUGGCAGUUUUGAGAUUUCAAAUUUUUUACUAUCUGAUUGCAACUAUCAUAUACAUGUAAAACAUUUUCUAUAUUAGACAUAGCAGAUUCUGAGAUUCCCAAAACACUUACCAUUUCUUACAUACUUGAAUGAAAAUACUGUUGUACUAUUUAAAAUAUUUUAAUGAUAUCCAUGAACCUAACCAAACUAUGUAUUUAAUAUAUUUAUUAGAUUGUUACCAUCCAAAUGACCCUCCAGUGUUCAUGUUUUGGCAAAUUACGUCCAUGUUAAGUCCACUUAUCUCAUGUCUGAUUCAGGCCAGUGUGUUGACUGCUGGUCAGUGUUCUGGUUGCACUCUUCUGAUCUAGAAGUAUAUGAUGUUUACCUUUCCAAAGCUUUUUUAACCUGAAGUAAACUUCAGGGGGAAAAUAUACUUUUCAAAAUGAUAGUGGAAGUUAUAGCGCUUAGCUUACAUAGCAAUACAGUAUUCUUCGCCCAAAACGCAUUACUUGGGCACAACUGAAACAACUGUAAUAUUUUCUUUUUUAAUAAAUACGCAAUGUUUAAUAAUUAUUCACUAUGUAUUGAAAAUUAUUAGAAUGUACUGUAAAAAAAGGGCACUGAAAUGCACUCUGGCUGUUGACCAGGUUUUUGCACCUUUGGUAAACAGCAUGAAUAGCAUUACAUGCUGUAUUUUUAGUAAAAAUAAAGAAAACGGUUUACCAUACAAAGUUUUAUGUACAGCACAUUACGUUUAUUAACAAAGACUUCAUAUAUACCUGACCUAUACAAUGCAUAUAAUUACUCAGAAUGUUGACGUCUCACAUCAAAAUGCAACAAGCUCAUGAAACACUAUUUCAAUCCCCCACUGCAUUAUCCAGUAACUUGUAAUCCUUUUGUGCAUGUAGAUGUUCAAAAAAGUUACUCCUCCAUAAAAAUAAACAUUAAAAAACGGGAUGGCGUCUUAAACUACAUUUCCCACUAUCCCAAUGAAAAUCCAGCAUUCUAGAUGUUAUGUUAUUGUGAUAAAACAGCAUUCACCCAGCCAUCUGUUUUGUUUGGACAUUUUACAGAUAUCACGUAUCAUGUAUUGUUUAACCACAAACAAUGUCAAAAGAUUACAAUGACAUGUACAUUGAUACAACAUGUAUACAUAUUUAAAAAAAAACUGGUAUUAAUAAAAUAGUAUUACAGAUAAAAUUUUGAACUGAAAAUAAAAGUAUACAAAAACAUGCAAAGUGCCACUGAUUCAGUCCAGAUUUGGGAAAAGGAAUGGCAAACCAUUGCUUGAAAGAAAUAAUCUAAGUACAAAAUAAUUAUCUUUCUAACUGUAAGAUACAGUCCAUUACUUUAUAUUCUAAGAUCACAUAAAUACUGUAGUAUGAUCAACUGCAUAUAUUGUUUCAGUAUAAGUAUGCAUGGCUGCGUUGAAACAGACAACCAAAAUCUGUUGGGUUUUCUUCAACUGAUUUCUACCAAUCACUCCAGCUCUUUUCACUGUUUUUUCUUUUUCAGAGCUGACCUGAUUGGUCGAGAGACUAAUUAGUAUAAACAAUAUCUGAAUUGGGCUGCCUGUAUAAAUGCUAAAUAAUUUUUGCUAUAUGUGUGCCAGAAUCAGAGUAACAUACUAGCCACUCUGUUC